AUACCAUUAUUUCAAGAUUUAAAAAUGUAUCUGUUUUAUUGCUUAUUAUCGAAAAUAUUUUGAUUAGAUCACUAUACAAUUUAUAUCAUUAAAAACAUGUAUUAGUUGAAAUCUAACUAAAAAAAUAUAUAUCAAUAUGGUAUAGUAAAUAUAUUUAUAUAAAUUUUCUACAUGUAACGCAUAAAAUUAUUGGAAAGUAUUCAAUAACAUCAUUAUUACAUAGUAAGUGUGUAAAAAAAAUGUUUACCGGAAUUUUUAAAAUAUUUAUUAUUGCCUUUUUUAUAUGGGAAUGGACUAAUAACAGCAAAGCACAAAUAGGAAACAUAUUAAACAAAAAGUGUUAUAGAUUAUUGGCUCAUUAUGAUACCUCUAUAGACGAAUCAUAUUAUCAUACUCUUAUGAAUGAUUAUAAAAAACCAUAUGUAAGUAGUAAAAAUUCCAAUAUUAAUGAAAAUCAAAGCAAUGAAAAAGCAGCUCAAAGUGAAAACUAUAACCAAAAUAAAUCAAAAUAUUUUACUGAUUUUAAAAAAGAAUUAAUUAAAAUAUUAACUAGCAUUAAAAAUCCAAAAAUGAAGCAAAUAUUCUCAGAAAAUGAGAAAAUACUGGAAAAAGAUUUACUAGAAAUAUAUGAACUUAUUAAACAUGUCAUCCCUAAAGACAAAUAUUUACAAAUGAUAAAUAGAAGCUGUGAAUUAGCAAAACAAAAACACCUUUAUAACAUUGAAGAUGCUGAAGCAUAUUACAACUCAAUAUUACAUUUAUUGCGCACAUACUUUUUUCUUACUAGAGGUAAAAAAGAUUUAGGAUUUAAAAACAAUAUAUUUAAAGCGGUUUAUUUGAAUCUAUCUAAAUUCGUCAAUAUAAUCGAUAAAUACUUUAAGACUAAGUUACUUAAACUAAUGAUAAACCAAGAAAUAAAUCCAAAGGAAAAAUUAUCAUAUAAAGAAGGUUUUAUAUUAUUUAGUUUAGCAUGGUUUUAUCCAAUAUUAUUAUUUGUGAUUUCAAUUUUUGUUAUACCUUUAUGGUCAGUUGGUCUUACAUUUUCAUUAUUAGGUGUAUACAUGUUCUUAGCCAUACACUCUAAUUAUAAAAUCGUUAGAGACGCACGUUUUAUAAACCAAAUUAAGCAAAGAUCAGUACUAUUAAACAGGGAAUAUUUUACUUAACAAUAUGUACCAUAAACAAAAUAAAAUACGAUAAAAUAUUUACAAAAUAAGAAUUUUAACACUGUUGUUUUUCACAUGUUUGUUAUUUAUUUAUUUAUUUUUUUUUUUUUUUUCAUGCCCCGUUUAGCAAUAAAUGCAACACUUGAUUAACAUUUGUUAAACAUUAAUACUCAAAUAUAUCCAAUUUGUUUAAAUCUGUGUAACACUCAAAUGAGUAUAAAUUUAAUUAUUCCAUACCAUAAAACAAAUAUAUAACAUAACACUAAACAUGUAAUAUUCAUGCAAUUUAAGUUAAGUUUGCAUUUUAUGUUUGCCAAUACUAUCACAAAUAUUAUAUAAUUUUCUAUUUUUCCACAUAA